AUGUUGAUGGACAAAGGUCUGGCGUUGCCAUUCCGCCUCAUUUUACGAGCGUCGUCCGGGGACAAGAUGCUCUGGCGGCAGGCGACGCGCGUGGAGGAGCGCGCGGACGUGGCGGCCGAGUACGAGGCGUAUCUGCAGGAGAAGGAGCGCAAGAGCAAGGGCCGCAGCAGCAGUGGCGGCGGCAACAGCAAGACCAGUCCGCAGCAGGCAGCGCCGGCGUUCGAGUCCAUGGCCGCGCGACAGGAAGCGCGGCGACAGAACGUCCGCUCGCGGAUCGGCCUGGACGUCCACAGCUCCAAUUAA